CUGGCUAUGAAUAUCCGCCUAUUCUUUAGGCUGGGUGAGUUGGAACUUUGCUGCUAGUCUGUUACUAAGUCUAAGUGUGUGUAGCGAGAACAACGUGCAACGUGUCGAGAGCUCAGACGUUGCUAGUCUUGAAGUCGUUUAAGCUCAAGUUUAAGAGAAAGGUUCCAGAAAAAUCAGGGAUAACAGCACAUAAUGUCGGCGGACCUAACAAAGAAGCGCAAGGACAAGAGGAAGAAGAAAGCCAUAUUAGAGGCUUUACAACAGGAAGAAUACCAAGAGGAACGGGCACAUGUCCAACAACUGGACGAAACCGAAGCAGAUUUCGUUGUUCAUCCUACCGACGAUUCAGAAGAUACCGUUCCCCUAUUGGAAGAAAGUGAUGGAAGCGGAGCGUGCGCGAAAAUCAUCUUUCUCGUCUUACUUUCGUCUUUGGGAUUGGCCGUUGGUGUGAUAUUUUUUGAAAUGGGUGGAAUUGAGACGUUCACUCGUCUUGCAGACCCCGUCACCAAUGCCCCACCAGUGAAAUAUGAGCCUGCUGCCCCAGCGGUAGACGUUGCCUACGAAGAUGAUUUCGACAGAAUUGAUCCUUCCCCUAUGGAGCCAGAAUCAUUUAAGGAAAAUACCAUCAGUAUGGUAGAUGAACCUGUUGAAAUUGCAAAGGAUUUGCCUUCAGAGGUCCCUGAAACUGUGCCUAUUGCAGAAGUACCAGAAGACAUCAUAAGGGAAAUAGAAACUGAAAUAGUUGAAGAACCAAAGAUUGAAGCUGCAGAAUCUGUGCCAGAACCCGUUGAAGAAUUACCUGAAGCGACCAAUGAGAUCGUAGAAGAAACUGUUCAAGCCAGCGAAAACUUUGAGACGCAGUUGGAGGAUGAACCAGCUGAAGUUCCUGAAGAGUCAUUUACAAUGCGGGCAGAAAGAGAAGCCGUUCAGGCAGCUGUAGAUGAAGUGUGGGUUAUGACUGUGCGCUGCAUCGAAGAGCUACGAGCCCUACAAGUUAUGGCUAAAUCGUCAUUAACUCACGCCGUCAUCGAUACAAUUAGUCAACGCCUUGAGCCUUUAAGAAGUCAAUUAGAUGAACUCGUAAAGAAUACGUCAGACAGUGUUUUUGAUGGCGCUCUAGAGCAAGCAGCUGAAUUGGAACGCAAUCUUAGAGCCGUACUAGAAGAGUUAGAUGAAGCCAGGAAUCAAGAUACUAUAUUGGCUCAAGAGGCAGCUCAACAAGAAGCAGCUCAGUUGGCAGAAGACCCUGAAGAAGUGCAAGCUGAAGAAGAAAUCGUGAGUGAAGAAGAAGCUCUUGACGAACCCGAAAUAGAAGUUGCACGCGAAGCGAAUGUAGAAACUCUUGCUGAAGAGUUAGAAGUUGAGCCCCAAGUAGAAACUGAACCGCAAGAAGUUCUGAAAUCAGACGCCGAUUUUGAACUACCACAAGUAGAAUCCCUUCUUGAACAGGAAGUGAUUCCUGAACCUCAAGUAGACGAUCUUCCUGAACGACAAGAAGAAACCGAGUCAAAGGCCGCAUUACCUGUAGAACACGUUGUUGAACCCAUUGUGGAAUCUAUCCCCGUUCCAGAACCCUUCGUAGAAUCUGUGCCCGAAUCUCAUGUAGAGGUUGUCCCUGAACCUGCAGUGGAUUCAUGGAUCGAGCCAGUCGAAGACACUGUUUCCGAAACUCAACCUCUUCCCGAAUCACAGGUAGAAGCGGUUGCUGAACCAGAAAUUGCCGAUGUACCUGUACCAGAAGUCAUCGAGUCAGAGCUUAAAGAAGAGACUGUGAUUGCCGUAGAACCCGAGCUUGAGAUCAGUGACGUCCAGGCUGAUCAACCAAUUGUUCAGGUUGAAGAAGUAGCUGAGACCAAUGAUGUGGCUGAAGAAAUCAUUCCUGUGCCUCAGACUGCUGAAGUCGUUGAUGCUCCAGUUGCAGAAGACGUAUCGUCAGAUGAAACUCAAUCUGAAGCUGAACACAGGUUCGAUUCGGUGGUAGAAGAACCUGUCCAGGUGGCGACAGAAGCUUUUCUUGUUGAAGAGGAGCAAAGUGCUGCACCAGUUACAAAUGUUCCUUCGAGAAUGCAAAAUCUGGAGGAAGCAGAUCGACUCGUCGAUCAGUCGCCAGCCCAGGCGCUAGCUCUGAUGGAACAAAUUUUGGAGAAGGAUCCACACAAUGCGUUGGCCCUUUAUGGCCGUGCCCGAAGCCUGGACUCACUAGCCGAAGUGGAGAGAUCUAACGCUCGUUUGGAACAGUCCAUCUUCGCAUACAGGGCCGUCUUAGACCUCGAGCAUCAAGUGGACGAUCAACUUUACCAUAAGUCUGCUUUACGCUGUAUCGACAGAAUGCGAUUUAGAGGAUUCCACGGAAAAGCUAUAAGGAUUCAGCAGAGAUUGGUUGCCCGUUUUCCCAAUGAUAUCGAAUAUCAAAAUCAAUUAGCUGUUGGUUUUCUUUUGACCAAUCAACCGGAAGCUGCUCGCACUAUUCUCGAAGGUGUUCUGGAAAGAUGGCCACAAUCUGGUUUCGCUCAGGUUCAUUUAGGCUUUAUUUUGAAAACAACUUAUAACGACUAUGAUGCCGGAGCUCGAUGGAUGAUGGCUGGAAUAGCAUCCCGUGAAGAGGGUGUCAUUGACGGACGCUUUUACUCUCAUCUCGGUGAUUCACUGACCCGCCUAGGGAAACACGAAGAAGCCCAACGGAUCUAUGCCGAUGGAGAGAAGGAAGGUGUUUUUCGUUCUCAUGAUCAACGUUCCCUGUACAAUGUAGAUCGUCUAACCGCUCAACCUUGGUGGGACAAGGAAGCAACUACCUAUGGUCCUUUCUUUGAUCUGUUGGAAGCCAACUGGCGACAAAUUCGUAACGAAGGAGUGGCUUUGUUAACACUGGAAAGUCCUGAGGGUUUCGCUAAUGAAUCAGAGAAAUUGCGGGAUUCUGGAGACUGGAAACAGUUUGAACUGUUCGGGCAAGGCAGGAAAAACGCAGCCCAUUGCAAUCAAGCACCAGUAACGUGCACGUUGAUUGAAAAUUACCCACCUGCCUUGUGCAAGCGGGGUCAAGUCAAAUUCAGUAUCAUGCAUCCUGGCACGCACGUUUGGUCCCAUACUGGGCCAACUAACUGCCGACUCAGGGCUCAUUUAGGUCUAGUCGUACCUGAUGGGGCUAAGUUGAGAGUGGGCAACACUAUCAAGUCAUGGGAGGAAGGCAAAUUUGUUGUUUUUGAUGACAGCUUCGAUCAUGAAGUCUGGCACAAUGGAUCGUCUUAUCGGUUGGUGCUCAUCGUUGAUCUAUGGCACCCAGAAUUGACGACAGAUGAAUGGCAAUCCCUAGCCCCUAUCUGAAGAUUCAAUUUCAUGUUCUCAUUCCUCCAACGAAGUGCCAAUAUCUUGCAGCUUUACUUUACUUAAUGAAAGCUCAUUCAUUCUCUUGUGUUCUGUGCUUUUUAGUGACAUGUUAUAUUUUUUCAAUGAAGUCCAUGUUUUUUUUUUGCAAUGCAAAGUGCCUUAUAUAUAAGGACUGAAACCAAUAUAGCAUUUGGAUACAA